AUGUUCCCAGUCUCGGGGGCUGGUCAAUCUGACCAGUAUCUAUGUGUUCAAAAACACGUAGAGUACAUUAAAAAUCUGGACAGCAGGAGGGAUGAGCUUGAAUAUUGGCUCACGGAGCAUCUUCGACUUAAUGGAGUCUACUGGGGCUUAACAGCCUUGCAUCUUCUCGGCUGUCCUCAAGCCUUACCUCGUGAAGACACGAUCAGUUUUGUCCUCUCCUGUCAGCGUGAGAACGGUGGGUUUGGGGCUGCACCUGGACAUGAUGCUCAUAUGCUGUAUACCGUUUCUGCUGUCCAGAUCCUUGUAAUGCUGGAUGCAGUGGAUGAAUUGGAAAAGCGUGGCCUUGGAGGCAAACAGAAAGUUGGCUCUUUCAUCGCUGGAUUACAGGACAAGAAAACUGGCUCGUUCAUGGGUGACGAGUGGGGCGAGUUGGACACUCGGUUCUUGUAUGGUGCGUUCAAUGCAUUGUCACUCUUAGGCCUCCUGGAUACUGUUGAUGUCCCAAAGGCCGUUGCCUAUAUCCAGGAAUGUGAAAACCUGGACGGAGGUUACGGUAUCCACCCCGGUGCAGAGUCACAUUCUGGACAGGUCUUCACCUGUGUAGGAGCUUUGGCUAUUGCCGGGCGAUUGGACUUGAUUAACAAGGACCGCUUGGGUGGCUGGCUCAGCGAAAGGCAGGUGGAUAAUGGAGGCUUCAACGGACGUCCGGAGAAAUUGGAAGAUGCAUGCUAUAGCUGGUGGGUUGGGGCCAGCUUGGCCAUGAUUGACAAGCUUCACUGGAUUAAUGGCGACAAGCUUGCUGCAUUCAUCCUGCGUUGCCAGGACCCGGAGAAUGGUGGGUUUGGAGACCGACCUGGUAAUAUGGUUGACGUUUUCCAUACACACUUCGCCCUCGCAGGGUUGAGUCUUCUGGGGUAUGACGGUGUUGGAGAAGCUCAUCUUUCUCAUUACUUCAAAUUACAAGUCCGCAGUCAUCAAGAGGCCCAAGCCGUUAUGGUUCUUGACGAGUACGACCGAUGGUAUAAGGCCAAUAAUCUUGCGAAGUUGCUCUCCGAUCGAUUAGCCUCGAAAGAUGCUCGCAGGAAAAGGAUACAAGGAAAGGCUGGGUCUCAUGAUAAGAGGUGCCCUGUGAAAGAAGAUCAUGGGUAUAAAAGUCCUCUAGUGCCUGUACGCUCGCCGCACGACAGUGCUCUUCCUGAUUACUUAGAUCCACGCCUUGUCACGUCAGGUGUGGAUAUGGAGCAUGAUAUUAGCGACAGAGACACAUCAGUCUCUGCGGACUGCGUCACUGCAGUUGUUUCUCCAAAUCUCGGUCUGCAAGCAAAAGCAGAAGCGAGCCAUUUAUUGCACCAUACGCCUGGUCCUCAAAUCAUCACAGAAGCCACGGCCUACCAGUGGAAGCAAGAACGCGUGUUUGGUUCAGACGAUGAGGGUGCUUCUGUCUUGGGAUGCACGCCUAGUAGGUCUAAAACGCUGGGAGACACAGCGCAAAUUGCCUCGCAGUUGCUAAACCGACAUCUAAAUUACGAUCCACUUGUUGACGACGCUGAGAGUGAAGUGGACAAGGAAAGGGUGGAUGAGAUCGCUAGACUUAAAGGUGUUCUUUGGCCGGGAAUGGAUAUUUUCGAUUCGGCCACCGAGCAAAUGAGGCGCAAGCGCAAUCAGAAGAAGGAUGAAAGCGCGCUUAGGGUAAUGGAGAAGACGUCCAUGGGUGUCGAGCCUACAGAGCUCAUAUUUUCUCCUACCGGUAUUUUACGGAAACAGCGUGUGAUUUCUGGUAAUGUAGAGGACGGCAGUCCUCUGAAGGGGGAAACACCCAUACCCAGGCGGAGAUCAACUCGUUCGAAACGUGCCCUCUCUCAAACCGACGCCAACCUUCAACGUGGACGGGACAGGAAGCGGAAGAAGAAAGCAGUUAAACGUGCCCCAAUCACCGUUGGGCAGGACUUGGACCAUAGAGAUUCACAUUUCACGCGGGCAACCUCGACUGAAGCCCCAAUUUGUGGUGGUAACCAAGUAAAUCAUGGAGAGGGUACCGACGACUUCACAUUGACAUUCAAUGGGCAUGAGCCUAGGUCGCGCAAUGGGUUAAAGAUCUUUUGUGACACACCAGACAAAAAUAUCCCAGACCAACAUUGUGGUGAUGGGUUGCCAAUUGGGCUAGUUGCAUCUUCUGAUGCACUCUUCCUGCAGCAAGAGGUUAUGAUCACUCGCACUCCUAACUCGGUACUUUCCAGCAAUUAUAUCUCAGAAUUUGCAGAGAGGCUUUGCCGUUUUACUACAGACAAAGAGAAUAUCGAACCGCUAUUGGAUGUUCACGGCCGAAUCGAUCCUCUUGUGGGCUGGCACUCUCCCGUCAUCAAGCGACAUCUAGCCAGUGAUACUAGUUAUCCGCCACAGUUUCUUUUCGGCGAUAGCCAACCCAUCGAGCUAAACAUGUUAGAUGGACACGAUAGUCAUGUAGGAUAUUCUUAUAAUCCGCUAGCAGCCUCAUUUCCAAAAUUGUCAGCUGAAGAGAAUCCUAUAUACACCGUGGACACUAGCAACGUCCCCUCAUUUCAGGGUGCGACGCGUGUAACGUCUCCUGAGGCGACGAUUUCCGAUAUCGAAGAAGAUGAUUUUGAGCGACUAUACUUGGAUGGGAGCUCCUGCUAG